GUGCCCACCGCCGCAACGGUGUCACUUGCCACCCAGCAGCCCGCGGAGCAGCAUCCCAGAUGUCCAAGUCCAAGUCGGAAUCGAAGCGCUACAAGCUGGAGGCCCCCGAUGGCGGUUGGGGCAUCCUUGUCUGUAUUGGCAUGGCGUUGCCUUUUACCAGCGCCCUGGCAGCUUUGCCUUCCUUUGGCCUGGUUUUCGGUGACUUCCUGAAGAGCAUUGGAGCGGAGACGAGUGCCAUGGCCAUCAUAACGAGCGCCUUCUUUUCGGCAAUGAGCUUCGCCGGCUUGUUUUCCGGCUCGCUGUUCCAGCGCUUUGGGAUGCGUCAGAUUGGCGUUCUCGGCGGUGUACUGUACUUUUUGGGAACGGGCCUCCAGGUCUUUGCCACCUCGACGAUGGACUUGCUGGUGGCCUUCAGCCUCAUCCAGGGACUGGCCUUCGGCCUGAUGGUGCCCACCUGUUAUACGACAUUCAAUCAUUAUUUUGUCAAGAAUCGUGUGAUGUGGAUGAGCUUCGCCCAGACCCUGAUCGGACUGGGGUCGAUGCUGUAUCCAAUAGUGAUGCAGAAACUCAUGCAGAUGUACGGCUUCCGUGGAUGCCUGUUGAUACUUACCGGGAUUAAUGCCCACGCCAUCUUUGGGAUGCUCGUAAUGCAUCCCGUAGAGUGGCACAUGCGAAAGGUUCCCAUCGAGGAGGAUGAGCAGGAACUGAAGCCAUUGCCGGCCACACAGGAGCCGUCCAAACCCACCACGGUGGUGGUGCGAGUACAGCCGGAGACGCCCAUGAAGGUGAACAAGGAGGAGCCCACGUUCCAGGCCCCGGAUCCAGUGGUAGACAGACGCCUUUCUCACGCCGAAGAGCAGAUGCUGAAGGUCAUCUCUCGGCGGGCCUCCAGCAUCACCAGCCUGGGUAAUUGGUCUGGCCCGGUGGUGGUCAGCGACGCCUCUCCUCAAAUGAUGCACAGCCUCCAGGCCUCGCGUCGUCAGUCGGUGGCGAUCUCCUCCUCUGUGACUCCCGGCCAGGAGCCACCAGUUCCCGCGAAGAAAACUUGGAUACGCACCAUUGUCGACUUCCUGGACUUGACGCUCCUUAAGAAGCCCAUCUACGUUAACAUUGUCUUGGGCAUUACCUUUGCCCUUUACUCGGACAUAACCUUCUUCACCAUGCAGCCCGUUUACCUCUUCGAAUUGGGCUACAGUCGGCCCGAUACUGCUACUAUUAUAGCCAUUGGUGCUGCUGCCGAUUUGUCUUCUCGCAUUUUCUUGGCCGUCACCGCCGUUUGCAUUCAAGUGCCUUCCCGCUAUAUUUAUUUGGCCGGAGCUGUUUUAACCGUCUUUGCAAGAUUUGUUUUCAAUGGCAUUACGGAGUUCACGGGCAUGGCCUGUAUUACGGCUGUAAUCGGUUUCCUCCGCACUUGGCUGCAUGUGCCACUGCCUUUGGUUUUUGCCGAUUAUUUGUCCAAGGAAAGAUUCGCCACUGGCUAUGGCCUGUUCAUGUUCACCCAAGGCAAUGCCAUGUUUUUAAUUGGCCCCAUUGUUGGCUUCAUUCGCGACAAGACCAAGAACUAUCUGCUUGUAUUCCAUAUCCUCAAUGGCUUCAUGAUCCUGUGCGCCGUUCCCUGGGUCAUUGAGGUCCUAAUCGUCAAAUUCCGGCGACGCAACAAGAUCGAGAGGAACAAUGUGGAUCACGAGGAGACCGAGACCCAAAACCAGGCCUCCAGCAGUCCAAUGGCUCACUGAAAAUAUAUCUUAAAUUGAGGCUUUUUUUUUGUAUUAACAAUAAAUAUACAUGUAUCAACAAC